AUGGCAGGGGCCAGUGAUCCCUCCUUUGUGUCUGGCUAUCCAUACAGCUAUGACAUCUGCUGUGAUAAUUUGAAGGAUCUUAGGUUGGCUCAUAUUAUAACAGAGCCAGAAAUUGGACUUCGUUUUCUCCUGGGGAAGUGCAAAGCAUUGGAGACACUUUACCUGGAGUAUGUUAUUGGUCUAAAAGAGAAUGAGAUGAUUGCACUAUUUCAGAGGUGCAACAACCUCAAAACAAUCUCACUUCGGCUCAUGCCUCUGCAUUGUGAAGGUUAUGAGUAUAGGACGCCAUUGACUGAUGUUAGCCUUAAGGCUCUAGCUCUCAGUUGCCCUAUGCUUCAGGCUGUUGAGCUCACAUUCACAUUUUGCGAACCCGAUUGGCCUACUGAAAUAGGUUUCACACAAGAGGGCAUUGUGGCGCUCAUCCAAUCUUGUCCAAUUCGUGCUCUUUUGCUAAAUGGUGCCAGCAUUUUGUAUGACGAGGGGAUGGAGGGCCUCUCAUCCGCACAGUUCCUGGAGACACUUGAGCUCGUGGAUUGCAUGUCUGUAACUGAUGCUGGUAUUAGUCACAUUAUUCAAGCUCCUUGCAUGAGUAGUCUCAUCCUCCGCAAAUGUGAGAACGUGACAGAUCGUGGAAUGGCUGAGCUGGCACGUUCACAGAAGUUGGAGUCCCUGACCGUUAUAGGCUGCCGCCAGAUCUCUCAGGAAGGUGUGCAUGGUGCUGCCAAAUCAGUUUGCUACUUGGCAGAGAUUGAAAGCCACGACAGUCUAAAAGGAAUGAACAUGAACAGGAACAGGAAAAGACGUCGAUCGCCCUGA